UGUAGUGAGAGCUCGGACCUUAUAAGCAGGUAGAAGCGCGCGCUGCACUGAGGAGAUGAGAGCUGGAAUAAUGUGGAUAAUCCAGACCGUCCUGUGCGUCCUGCUCUCCGCCAGCGUGGGGUGCAGGAAGCAGAUGCUGCAGAGGUACCAGAAGAGUGAGGACAGCAGACUGGUGUGUUCAGACUGUGGUCAGUCUGCUCGAGCCCGGAGGCUACCGUUGGAGGACUGUGCUCAGAAAUGCAGCAAGAGCAAGAAGUCCUGCAGAGCGUUCAACUAUGACCACAUUAACGGGACAUGCCACUUGCUUUCGUUCGACCGUUUCACAGAAGGAGCUCAGAAGGAGCGGCGAGCCAACCAUGACCUUUACGAGAAAAAAGACUAUGUGCGCGAGUGCAUUGUUGGUUCAGGUGUGAACUACAAGGGACGGAGAUCGGUUACAAGGAGUGGAGUCUCAUGCCAAGCCUGGAAUGUAUCAGUACCCCAUGAACACAAUUACAAGCCUGCCAAGCACAAGAAGUUUGACCUGCGUGAGAAUUUCUGCCGUAACCCAGAUAAAGAUGUAAGUGGACCCUGGUGCUUUACCAACUCCUCAGAGACUCGAUAUCAGGAGUGUGGGCUGCCCCAGUGCUCAGAAGUGCAGUGUAUGCAGUGUAAUGGGGAAGCAUACAGAGGUCCAAUGGACCACACUGAGAGUGGGAAAGAGUGCCAGAGAUGGGACUCACAAAGACCUCACAAACACAAAUACCAGCCUCACAGGCACUCUGGCAAAGGACUGGAUGAUAACUACUGCCGCAAUCCCAACAAUGACGUGCGUCCAUGGUGCUACACGAUGGACAAGAACACACGCUGGGAAUACUGCAACAUUAGUCUCUGUGAUUCAGAUCACACAGUGGAUGAGGAUGUGACCACUGCAUGUUUUCGGGGUCAGGGGGAGCGCUAUCGGGGAACGGUUAACGUGACCCCCAGCGGAGCGACCUGUCAGCGCUGGGACUCUCAGUUUCCACACAAUCAUACCUACACCCCUCACAACUACAAGUGCAAAGACCUGCGAGAAAACUACUGUAGAAACCCUGACGGCUCUGAAAUCCCAUGGUGCUUCACCACAGAUCCGAAAGUGCGUAAAGCCCUCUGUACCAGCAUCCCCAGGUGUUCGGAGACCCAGGAAAAACCAGAGUGCUACGAGGACAAUGGGGAGAGCUACCGAGGCAAUGUGUCAAAGACCAGAUCGGGCAUUCCCUGCGGACUCUGGUCAGACCACACAUACAGCAGGGAUACACGCUCCGGGACAGCAAGUGCAGGGUUGCAGUUGAACUUGUGCAGGAAUCCAGACAGAGAUAAGCACGGGCCGUGGUGCUACACUUCCAACUCCUCCAUUCCCUGGGAUUACUGCGGAUUAGAGCAAUGUAAAACAUCAAAGCUUGAGCAAGUGCAAACACCCAAGCCUUCCUGUUUUGUGCAUAAGACCACUCGAAUUGUUGGGGGGACGCAGGUGCAGCGGGCAGAGGACGGAAGUUGGGUGGUCAGCAUUCAAAAAGGGAACAAGCACUGGUGUGGAGGAUCUCUUAUCCGAGAGGAGUGGGUCCUUACUGACCAGGAAUGCUUCCCUUCAUGUGUUCCUGAUCUCUGGGAGUUCAGCGUGCACGUGGGUCUCCUGCACCUCAAUGACUCCACACACACGAAAGGGCUCCGCAUCGCACACAUGGUCUGUGGACCUGAAGGCUCCAACCUGGCCCUGCUCAAACUUGUCCAUCCAGCCCCGCUGUCGGAGCAUGUGUGGACUGUGCAGUUACCUGUGGCUGGAUGUGAAGUGUCAGAAGACUCGCAGUGCCUGAUGUACGGUUGGGGAGAGACGAAAGCCACAGGUCAUGAAGGAAGCCUGAAAAUGGUGCAGCUUCCCAUGGUCAGCAAUGAUAAAUGCUCUCAGAUCCAUGACGGCAGCCUGCCUAUUACAGAGACUAAAGUCUGUGCUGGAGGACAGAAGGACCAGGGUGUGUGUGAGAAAGACUAUGGUGGCCCAUUGGUGUGUCAAGAAAGAGAGAGCAAGGUCAUCAUCGGAGUAAGCAUCCACGGCAGGGGCUGCGCCAUUGCCCGGCGGCCUGCUAUCUUCGUCAAUGUGGCCUAUUACUCAGAGUGGAUUCACAAAGUCUUCAAACACUAUUCGGACAUUGAGAAAAGUUACUAGAACUGUAACUUUCUUUCUUAGAUUCCCUUCGGGAUGUACUGGGAUGUACAGCAUGGGUGCAGUAUGUACAACGUCCACGCAUCUGACGAUUCCUCAGCAUGUACAAGACCACGACAAUGGCAUUAUCAAUGGUAAGCCAUACUACUGAUUUUGCAGCUCGUGCCAAAGCAACCAUGUCAGGUUGAGAAUGGAUGUUCUGAUGACAGACCGCAAAGGAAGCCGCAAGGAAACCUCAACUUGUUGCUUUAAGAAGAGAGAACAGUAAGAAGAGAGUUCAGCGAGUUCAGACAGUGUCUACUUGUCCUUUCUAAAUCAGCAAACAAUCAGCAAAAAUUAUAUUAGUUUUGAUUAAAUACUUUUCUGAGAGUUUGUUUUUUUUCUGGCUGAGUGCUUAUGAAUCUGGACUCACAGGCACAGAUGUAGUAGGAAAAAAGGUGAAAAAGGAACCGAAGAAAAAGGAAUUCACAGCGAUAAAAGAUAACGUCUGUCAGAGGCAUUAGACCAAAGCAUCGUUAACUCACUCUCUAUUGUUCUCCUGGAGAUACUUGAAUACAGUAUAAUGACCAGAAGUAUCCAGAUUCAGGCCAGAGGUUUGGUUAUUCACUUUGAGGGCCAAGAGGGCCUUUUCCCUUCGGUUUCCAGGAGGCCAAAGAGGGGUACAGAAAGAGGUCAAACAGUUCUGCAGAAAUCUUUCAAGAACUGCUACAGUAGUAGUAGUAGUUCGUGCACCAGCAGGGAGCCACGCCACUAGAGUCAGUUCUUUGAAAUCAGAAGGUCAGAUUACAGUGUCACUAUUUCCUGGAAAAGCUGCCUUUGUCUUACCCUAGAACUGAUGCCGUAGAUUUAUGUAGAGUAUGUUCAGUAAUGGAGAGUGUUACAUAUCUUGCCUUACUCCAGUAUGGAGCGUACACUGGCCCUUUUUGGGGCUGUGCAUUUACUAUGUUUGGUUAUUUUUUUUUUGUGCUCUUGUGAGUAUAUUGCGGGUACUCUAUAGGUCUCAUAGAUCUGGCUAGCUUACAAAUAUGUGAAGGUCUACCCAUUCUCAUGGUGUGUUGUGUGGAAAUUGUGAGGUAUUUAUUUAUAAUGAAAUCUUCUGGAUGGAGGAAGAUUGUUCCAGCAAUACAGUAUUAUGUUUCGAAAGUGUUAGUGUUAAUUUUGGCAUGAACUUAAAAGACGUGUCUUUAUGAGAGGAACGAAGGGAUAAUAUAUGUUUCAUAAGCACAACAUUUGUGUAUGUAAAAUGACUCCCCACAGGUCUAUAAACCGUAAACCAUACAUUUCUGACUCUCAACAGAGGCUAAUAUUAGCUGCAUACCUCCGAUUGCAAAAAGUACUGAAAUAAACUAGCAGAGCGGUUUUACAGGUUUGCUUAACCGACACAAAACAUGCCAUAUUUAUUAUAUGUGGUCAUUAAUUGCUAUGGCCAUUUUAUUAGCUAAAUAAACACAGAUGUAUCAUUAUGUAAAUAUUAUUUUAUAUAAACUGCAUUCCAAAAUACUCCUACAUUGUUUUGAUUUUGUACCCAUUUUUCUUUACUACAUGUUGUCAUUCACUUUAUGAGCUGCUACACUAGGCUGACAUGUCUCACUACAGCAAGUCAUGUUCAUUUUUUUAAUUUAUUUUAAAGGGACGACUUCAGUGACUGAGUUUGCUGGCUUUUUCUGUAAAUAAUUGAGACUUUUGUCAGACAAUAUGUUUAGAACUUCUGUAAUAUUAAAUUUUGUAUUAAAUUAAAUUGUAAGU